UGCUCCAUAAAUCUGAGGGUCUUUGAGAGAGGGGAAUGAUGCUUACCCUGCCCCUCCCUUCUCCUCCCACCCCCCAAGGAGGCUAUUGAAGAGGGUAGGUCUACCAUGACGGGGAGAGGGAAUGGGGGCAGAAAGUUUUGGGUGCCUAAAAGAGGGGAUGUCGGCCAUGAUGUGGCAUGGAGAGGGGGAGUAGUUGGCAAAGGACCUGACUGCUGUGGGCAGGGGCACUGGACCCCAUCACGAGGAGGAUGAGGGUGUCCUGCUGAUGGAUAAGGUGCACACCAAGGCAGGUGGGAUUUGGGAGGUGGAGGUUCUUGUCUCCGUGGAAGCAGGCAGGUAGGGCUGAUGGCAGUUGAGGUUCUCCCAGAGGGCAGCCCUUUGUCUGAGGACCCUUCCUUGCCCAGGGACUUGUGCUCUUGGUGUGCAGUCUGCCAGCACCUGUGCCCAGGGCCUCCUGCACCCACUUUAUGGUGUGGAGCUGGCCAAGCCACCACCUCACCACCUCCUGGCUGCCCUCCCUUCCGCGACCAGGCCAAACCGGUGUUUCUGGCCCUGUGUUGGCACCCAGCCACAGCACAGAUGCUAGCCCAGCCCUGCUGCCACCUGUGCCCAUGCGUCCUGCAGAUGUCCCGCCUGCGGUGGGCAUCCAGAGUGGCCACGGAUCAAGGCGAGUGUAUGGGUGGGCUAGGAGUGAGCACAGCAGGCACCGUGGGUGGCCUCGGCCAGAGGCGGGAAGCAGCCCCCUGGGGCGGACACCUCUGGGGAGCAGGCCCAUGGCCGCUUUGAUCAAUGGCGCCAUGAGGUUGGAGCUACCUUGGCCAGUUGGGACAGGUUGACACAGCAGCCUCAGCCAAUCAGGAUGUGGAGACGUGGACGUGCAGCCAUCUCAGCCAAUCAGGACAAGGAGACGUGGGGUCACAGCAGCCUCAACCAAUCAGAACAUGGAAACACAAGGCCACAGCUGUGCCAGCCAACCAAGAUGUGGGAAGACGGAGGAGGCCCAGCAGCAGAUCAUCCGGGAGACCUUCCACCUGGUGCUGAAGCGGGAUGACCACAUCUGCAACUUCCUGGAGUGCGGCAGCCUGUUUGGUGGCUCUGACUACAAGCUGAUCUACCGGCACUACGCCACCCUCUACUUUGUCUUCUGCGUGGACUCCUCAGAGAGUGAGCUGGGCAUCUUGGACCUCAUCCAGGUGUUUGUGGAGACACUGGACAAGUGCUUCGAGAACGUCUGUGAGCUGGACCUCAUCUUCCACAUGGACAAGGUCCACCACAUCUUGCAGGAGGUGGUGAUAGGUGGCAUGGUGCUGGAGACCAACAUGAAUGAGAUCGUGGCACAGGUGGAGGCCCAGAGCAAGCUGGAGAAGGCUGAGGGAGGCCUCUCGGCCGCUCCGUCCCGCGCGGUCUCUGCGGUGAAGAACAUCAACCUGCCCGAGAUCCCUCGCAACAUCAACAUCGGGGACAUCAACAUCAAAGUGCCCAACCUGUCGCAGUUCAUGUGAUCUUCCUGUGGCCUGGGUCUCUGCCCCACUGGGGUCUCUGCCUGAGGCUCUGCCAGGCUGGCUGCAGAGAGCAGAAAGCGGUGAUGGGGCUCAGUGAGAGCGUGGUGGUGCUGCCCAUCACCUUGGAGCUAGGCCCUGCACUCCCAACAAGGGUGGCCUUUCUUCUCCCUCUCUGUAGAGGGACAUGGCCUCUCCUCACCGUGGGGGUCAGCCAGGUCCUUCCUCUCCCAGCACUUUGGGGUUCCCAGUCAUGAAACACCCCUGUAGUCAAUGGUUCCUGCAGGAGCCAGAGGUCCUUGUGUCCUCCAUCCUGCCUGUGCCCACCCUGGUCCUGCUUGCUGGGGCUGGGAAGUGUGGGGACAAUAAACUACCCUGUGACGCUG